UUUCCACCCCGGUGUUAGAUUUGCUUAGCCGCGCCCUCUUUUGUCGUGACGUCACGGAGUUAUCUCGGCUUAACCACACCAUGUUUUCAGUUUAGUGACUCGGAGGGAGGCGGUGUUAUUGUCAAAAAUGUGAGUGUGGUAAAAGAAGAAAGGGGCGUGAUUGUAUGACAGUUGUGGGCGUGUCUUCUAUCUUCCUCCCCUAGUUUAUAACGUGCGAGCACUUCCGCUGUCUGGUCAGAAGCGGUGCGAUCAUGGCGGAGCGCGGUCAGCAGCCUCCGGCUAAACGGCUCUGCUGUAGACCAGGCUUUAGCUCGUCAUGUAGGCCCGGGCAACGGGCGGGCGGAGCCUCAUGUGGGGCCGGCGGCUCUGCCCACGGUUUGUCCGGCAGGACUCAGGACCCGGAGUCUUUGCUGGAUAUCGCGGCCCGGAAGGUGGCGGAGAAGUGGCCCUUCCAGCGGGUAGAGGAACGUUUCGAGAGGAUCCCGGAGCCGGUGCAGCGGCGUAUAGUCUACUGGUCGUUUCCCCGGAGUGAGAGGGAGAUAUGCAUGUACUCUUCGUUUAACACGGGCGGGGAAGAUGGAGCCGGGGCCGCCUCCGGAGUGGUGUCCAAUGCAGGAGCCUCGGGGACUGCCGUGGGACCGGGUGCGGCAGUAGUGGGGGCGGCCUCGGUAGCGUCUACAGCGGGAGUGUCGGCAAGCGGGGAGACUAACGACGAGACCCGGCUGCCCUUCCGCCGGGGAAUUGCUCUAUUGGAGGGCGGCUGCGUGGACAAUGUCCUGCAAGUGGGUUUUCACUUGAGCGGCACAGUGACGGAGCCCGCCAUGCAGUCGGAGCCAGGAACAGUUUGCAAUGUAGCAAUCAGUUUUGAUCGUUGCAAGAUUACCUCAGUGACCUGCAGCUGUGGAAACAAGGACAUCUUUUAUUGCGCCCAUGUUGUGGCACUCUCCUUAUACCGCAUCCGCAAGCCUGACCAGGUCAAACUGCAUCUUCCUAUUUCAGAGACCCUCUUUCAAAUGAACAGAGACCAGCUGCAGAAAUUUGUACAGUAUUUGAUCACAGUUCACCACACCGAGGUUUUGCCAACGGCUCAGAAGUUAGCAGAUGAGAUUCUGUCGCAGAACUCUGAAAUCAAUCAAGUUCACGGUGCUCCAGACCCCACAGCCGGUGCUAGCAUUGAUGAUGAAAACUGCUGGCAUUUGGACGAAGAACAAGUCCAGGAACAGGUCAAGUUGUUCCUCUCCCAAGGAGGUUACCAUGGAUCAGGGAAGCAACUCAAUUUGCUCUUUGCAAAGGUGAGGGAAAUGCUGAAGAUGAGGGACUCCAAUGGAGCUCGUAUGUUAACAUUAAUUACGGAGCAGUUCAUGGCUGAUCCUCGGCUUUCCCUUUGGAGGCAACAAGGCACUGCAAUGACUGACAAGUACAGGCAGCUCUGGGAUGAACUAGGUGCUUUAUGGAUGUGCAUAGUACUGAAUCCACAUUGCAAAGCAGAACAGAAGGCGAUUUGGCUGAAACAGCUAAAAAAAUGGAACAGUGUUGAUGUCUGUCCUUGGGAGGAUGGAAACCAUGGCAAUGAGCUGCCCAACUUAACCAACGCCUUGCCUCAGGGUGGAAAUGCCAAUCAGGAUUCAUCACAUCGGCCUCAUCGGACAGUGUUCACACGAGCAAUAGAGGCCUGUGAUCUCCACUGGCAAGAUAGCCACUUACAGCACAUUAUUAGCAGCGACCUUUACACCAACUACUGUUACCAUGACGACACUGAAAACUCCCUCUUCGAUUCUCGUGGGUGGCCCCUCUGGCAUGAACAUGUUCCAACAGCAUGUGCCAGGGUUGAUGCACUGCGAUCACAUGGCUACCCACGGGAAGCCCUCCGACUAGCAAUAGCCAUUGUCAACACACUAAGAAGACAGCAGCAAAAACGCAUGGACAUUUUUCGGGUGCAGAAGAAAGAGUUGGUUCACAAAGGGAUAACAACAAUAACAAAUCUUGAAGGCUGGGUUGGCCAUCCGUUGGAUCCUAUUGGUACUCUGUUUAGUAGCCUAAUGGAAGCCUGUAGAGUGGAUGAUGAGGGUUUCCAUGGGUUCUCAGAUUUUGCAGAUGGCUUUGGGCAUUGCAAAUCUCUAGAAUACCAACACCUGUCCCCACACAAGUUCCUGGAAGAAGGGGAAUCUUAUUUAACGCUGGCUGUGGAGGUAGCGCUAAUCGGCCUGGGGCAGCAGCGAAUAAUGCCAGAUGGCUUGUACGCGCAAGAGAAGGUUUGUCGGAACGAGGAGCAACUCAUUUCUAAGCUGCAAGAAAUUGAAUUGGAUGAUACUCUAGUGAAAAUAUUCCGAAAGCAAGCAGUCUUCCUAUUAGAAGCUGGGCCAUACAGCGGACUGGGUGAAAUCAUUCAUCGAGAGAGUAUUCCAAUGCACACAUUUGCCAAGUAUCUCUUCACAUCCCUCCUACCUCACGAUGCUGAAUUGGCAUACAAAAUUGCACUGAGAGCCAUGAGGUUGCCAGUGUUGGAAUCCACAGCUCCCACUGGAGAUAUGUCCCGCCCACACCACAUUGCCUCAGUCGUUCCUAACCGUUAUCCCCGCUGGUUCACCCUGAGUCAUAUUGAGUCACAACAGUGUGAACUGGCUUCUACUAUGCUGACUGCAGCCAAAGGUGAUGUUAGAAGGCUGGAAACAGUGUUAGAAUCCAUCCAGAAAAAUAUUCACUCCUCGUCGCACAUAUUUAAGCUUGCACAAGAUGCAUUCAAAAUAGCGACCUUAAUGGAUAGCUUACCGGAUAUAACGCUCCUUAAAGUGUCUCUGGAACUUGGCCUCCAGGUUAUGCGAAUGACGUUAUCAACUUUAAACUGGCGCCGCCGUGAAAUGGUCAGGUGGUUGGUAACAUGCGCAACUGAAGUAGGGGUGUAUGCAUUGGACAGCAUCAUGCAGAGUUGGUUUACCCUCUUCACUCCAACAGAAGCCACUAGUAUUGUUGCUACGACAGUGAUGUCUAACAGCACCAUUGUUCGCUUGCAUCUGGACUGCCAUCAACAAGAGAAAUUGGCAGGCAGUGCUAGGACGCUUGCACUCCAGUGUGCUAUGAAGGACCCUCAAAACUGUGCCCUCUCAGCACUUACUUUAUGUGAAAAGGAUCACAUAGCUUUCGAGACUGCUUACCAAAUUGUCCUGGAUGCUGCUACAACCGGCAUGAGCUACACACAGCUUUUUACAAUAGCGCGGUACAUGGAACACCGUGGUUACCCCAUGCGGGCGUACAAACUGGCAACGUUGGCCAUGACUCACCUCAACUUGAGUUACAACCAGGAUACACACCCUGCCAUUAAUGACGUUUUGUGGGCUUGUGCACUAAGCCACUCGCUUGGGAAAAACGAGCUAGCCGCAAUUAUACCUCUGGUGGUCACAAGUGUCAAAUGUGCGACAGUACUCUCAGACAUUUUGCGCAGGUGCACUUUGACCACCCCCGGGAUGGUGGGACUUCACGGACGAAGGAACUCUGGCAAGCUCAUGUCACUGGACAAAUCCCCUUUGAGACAGCUUUUAGAUGCCACAAUUGGGGCCUACAUCAACACAACGCAUUCACGACUCACACACAUCAGCCCUCGUCACUACAGCGAAUUUAUAGAGUUUCUAAGUAAGGCCCGAGAGACCUUCCUCAUGGCUCACGACGGACUCAUUCAGUUUACACAGUUUAUUGACAACUUAAAACAAAUCUACAAAGGCAAAAAGAAACUGAUGAUGUUGGUGCGCGAGCGGUUCGGUUGAUGACUGUGUGUGAAUUUGGGGGUGGGGGGGGGAGGGACGGUUUGUUUUUACUUGAGCCUGCCUUUGUAUCCUUUUUAACUUAAGAAGAAAAAAAAAAUGUCAAAACAGUACAAAAAAAAAUAUAUAUAAGAAAACAGAGCCACACCGGUAUUAUGUGUAUAGUUCUCCUGAGUUUGCAGAUGAAAGUGUCAUGUUGUGAAAGAUUGUGUAUUUUUUUUCUUUUUGUUUUCCACUUAUCUGUGUGUAUGAGAGAGGUUUUCAAGUUCAGGGCAGAGAAGGGGGUGUUUACCCUGGGGGGGGAAUUGUGAGGGGGUAAAAUGUGAAGUGGAAUCUGUAAAAUUCCUGCUCUUGAAUUACACUUCCUAGUGUUGGGGGAUUGUAUCUCAACAGCUGACCAGUUUUAUAUCAUUUUCAUAGUGGAGAGCCAACCUUUCUACAUCACCCAGGGACCCCCCUUCUCUUCUAACUCCGGCCCUGCUAAGUUUGGUUUACACUGAGUAUAUGUUGUCAAGUGGCAGAAGCCCACAUAGCUCUACCGUUCCUCUUGUAUUCGUUCAUAGCCUCAAAAAAAAAAAAAAUAUAUAUAUA